AUGGCCUCCGAGGCCGCCUACCUGCUGGCCGACGACGCCGACGCGCUCCAUCUCUCGACGGCGCGCCGCGGGCUCUGGCGAGCGCGGCUCGCGCUCUGCGUCGUCGCCCUCGGCGCGACGUGCUACAGCGCCCGGAGCCUCCAGCUGCGGCUGCCCGCGAGCGACGCGUUCGCGGAGCGGUCGCGCGGCACCGCGGCCGUGCGGUCCGUCGUCGACGCCUGCGCCAACGAGCUCUUCCAGCCCGACGCGAUCGGCGGGCCCAGCGGCGUGCCCCUGCGCGAGGAGUGUCCCGCGCAGGACCGGGCCCACUGGUGCGGCGACGCGGCGAUGUCGCCCGACACGAACUUCGGGCAGCUCUGCGGGUCCGCGUGCGACGCGGGCGUCGACGCCUGGGCCAUGGUCUGCGCCUGGCAGGCCAUGGCGCAUUUGGACGAGGUCUGCGCGGGCACCUUCGAGGCCAAGUUUCCCGAUUUAUCGGCGCUGCCGCGCGCGACGGCGGCCGCGGGCGACCUCGCGGAGUGGCCCCUCGCCCGCGACGGCGCCGACGACCGCCUCUGGAGCUGCGACACCCUCGCCGUCUGCUCCGGCUGCGCCGCCGGCGGCUUCGCCUCCGGCUGCAAGCGCGUCGCGGAGCGCUACGGCGGCUUCGGCGCGCCGUCGUUCGGUCCCACGGACCUCGAGCCGCCGGCGGACGCGCCGGCCGUCGGCGCGACGGCGGCCGUCAAGGCGCUCAACGAGGACCUCGCGAGCUGGUGCGACGCCCUCCACAAGGAGAAGGCGCUCGACGUCCGAAGGGCCGUCGACCUCGGCGCGCCCCACCCGGAGCGCCUCGCCGACAAGCUGUGA